UGUGACCAUGCCCUAUGAAAAAUGUGAAAAGAAAAUUGCACUGCAGAGUUGUGUCAGUACCAGCUUCUGCGUCAGGUACAGGAGUCAGGGCCAAUGAACUCACCCACACACCUCACAUAUCCUCUUCAUUUUUUCUCUCUCUCUUCUCUGGCAGUGUAGCUUGGUCCCAAACCCCCAUAGUCUCCCUGCUGUACGUUGAAGCAGCGCUGAACAGCCGCGACCCGGGAGCAGGCUUACGGGCUGGGCUGCUGGGCGCGUCAUUAUCUUCUCAGCAGCACAGGUGGACACGUUGGGAACGGUGCCAAAUAGUUUUGGUUUUGGAGGGAGGGGUUGCUGGUGGGUGGGUGCACACUUUUUUUAUGUAACUGUUUAGUGGAAGGGAUUGUCUUCCUCUCACGAAUCAGCGGCACACCUCCAGCACAAAAAUCAAGCUCUUCUGUCUCCCUCUCACUCACUUUCUCUUGCCUGAAAGGAUACGGCUCUUCAUCCUGACAGGACUUGGGGAGAAACAGGACCGGAACCUCAGCGUGCGUGUGCCAGAGCUUUUGGUGAGAGGAUGGCCUGCAGAGAGGAUGACUUGAUUGGGAUUCCCUUCCCAAACCACAGCAGUGAUGUUCUCUGCAGUCUGAACGAGCAGCGGCGAGAUGGCCUGCUAUGCGACGUGGUGCUCAUCGUCCGUGACCAAGAGUAUCGCACACACCGCUCCAUCCUGGCAGCCUGCAGCCAGUAUUUCAAAAAGCUUUUCACGGUCGGAAUGGACUGCGAUCAGCACAACGUCUACGAGAUCGACUUUGUGGCCCCAGAAUCUCUGACUGCCAUUCUGGAGUUUGCCUACACUUCCACGCUAACCAUCACCACUUCCAAUGUUAAAGAGAUCCUCAGUGCGGCCCAAAUGCUGGAGAUCCCAUGCAUCAUUGACGUGUGCCUGGAGAUCAUGGACACAGGGGGAGGAGGGGGUGAAGAUGAUGAGGAAGAGGAAGACGAUGAUGACGAUGAUGCAGAAGAGGAAGGAGAGGAAUCAAGAGAGGAGGACCCUGAAGAUCCUGAAGAGGAAGCCAGCGAGAAGUUGACAUGGGCUUCAGAGAAUCAAGACCAAGUGGUUGAUGACAGCGUGGAAUGCACUCCAAGCACCUCCCAGCAGGAAGACCGGUCAGACAUACUGAGAAACUAUGACGUCACAGAGGUCAACGAGAAACCCACAGACUCCGAAGGCCUAGAGGGCCGAACCCUGAAGGACUUUUCCAUUGAAUCUUUGUUGCAGGAAGGCCUGUACCCCAAGAUGUCUGCCGCUGACAGAAUGUCAAGCUUUUCCCCACUCCUCCCAGGCUUUUUCCCUCCCAUGUGGACCACAGAGUUUCCAGGGUUUCCUCAGAUGUUGGACCCAAACCCUAGUCCUCACCUGUACCAUCAAGAGCUGGACAACAGGCCACUGGACUUAGCAGUAAAGAAAGAGGUGAUCAAGGAAGAGCUGAAGGAGGAGAUACACCCUAGUCUUUUACGCGGUGACUUCCUGAAAGACUUUAUGGGCGCAGGCCUUGGUAUGGGGGCCGAGGCCCAUUUUGGGCCCAUUAAAGAUGAAACAGACUUCCGCUCAUACCUGAGCUUCCUUAGCGCAUCCCAUCUCGGCUCCCUAUUUCCCCCUUGGCAGCUGGAGGAAGAGAGGAAGAUGAAGCCGAAGGCCUCGCAGCAGUGCCCUAUCUGUAACAAGGUGAUCCAGGGGGCAGGCAAACUACCACGGCACAUGAGAACCCACACUGGAGAGAAGCCCUACAUGUGCAACAUCUGUGAGGUUCGCUUCACCAGGCAAGACAAGCUGAAGAUCCAUAUGCGUAAGCACACAGGGGAGCGGCCCUAUAUCUGCCUCCACUGCAACUCAAAAUUUGUGCACAACUACGACCUGAAGAACCACCUGCGCAUCCACACAGGGGUACGGCCUUACCAGUGCGAGCACUGCUACAAGAGCUUCACCCGCUCUGACCACCUGCAUCGCCACAUCAAGAGGCAAAGCUGCCGCGCUUCCCGCCCUAGACGCGGUCGCAAGCCCGCAGCCUGGCGCUCGGCCAACUUACUCUACCCCCCGGCCGCCCACCAUGAAGACAAGGGUCACUCGGUGGGCAGCAGGCUUCCUCCGGCCAGUCACGGCAUCACGGACCCCGGCUUCAUCGACAGGCGACACUUGGGUGGGAGGAACUUGAGCUUUGAAGACUUGGACAGCAACAGCAGGGAGAGUGUGGAGACCAGACAGUCAGAGCGCAACCAUGUGGAAGAGGUCGAAAGGAAGAGGGGAGUGUUCACCUUCGCCCUGGCACACGAGGACAUGCUCGCCCAUCAGCCCUUCUACUCCCCGACCUCUGACCCCUGGGCUCUGAGGCUGGGCCAUAUCCCACCCAGUCGAGCGGCAACAAGCUAAAGUGUUUUUUUGUUUGUUUUACAUAGAUGUUUGCAAUAAAUGCCUCUAGGAAGUUUCACAUUUGAGAUAAUGGGUCUCAUUCAUACAUCACGAACUGCACCUUAUAUGCACCUGUUUUUUAAGGAGUGACUGGAUGAGAAGUCAAUUUAACUAGUAAAUAUUUUUGUAAUUCAUAAAUUACCAUCUGACAGUAAAUGAUUAAUGUGAUAUUUACAAACGUCUGUAAAUUUUAUUUUGUAAAAAAAAAGAAAAAAAGUCAAUAAUUCUGAACGUUUCCUUCAUUUUGACAAUUUGAAAAUUAUUGCAGGUAUUUCCUCUUUAUUUCAUAUGAAAUUGUAUUCAAUGGAACACACUGUCUAGGGACAUGAACAUAAUAGAUGGACAGAAUAUGAGAUUUGGUAUAAAAACCUGAAGCUAAGCCAGACUGUGUGUUUAUGCAUACUUUGCAGAAGUCAGUGGAUCCAAAUGGUCCCCUUUCUUAUAAUAUUUUCGGUGAGAAUACAAACUUUAUUACCACACCACUGACAACUCUUACCAAACACAUUGUUGUGUGAUUAUUAUAAACUUUUGGGGUUUGAUUGACAAGAAACUCACAUAUUCAGCCACUAGCAAUUAGACACUUUGUGGUUUGUUUAAAAAAUUCUAAUUUCAAUAAUGCUGUACAAUAAAUUAAGUUGGAAUGAAAUAAUGAAAGUAAAAUCACCCCUGACUUUUUGAAAUACCUUCUGAAGAAAUAUUAGUGUCACAUAUUCAUGAAACACAAUUAGUACAAUGUAAACAAAACCACUCAGGCCACAUCAUGGUCUUAUUUGACACAAACCUACACAACCAAUAUUGUGAGCAAACUCAUUAAACUAAUCCCAAAUCCUUGCAUGUCUGUAUGAUAACUGAUGAGUUUCUCUGCAACAGCAGUAUUAAUUCCUCCUUAAUGGAUUAAACAGCAAAAACCAGGAUGCAGGUUCUCCUGGAUAUAUGAACACGCUACCCUUCUAUGAGAACAAUUCAUAUCUAAAUAUAGAAGCUGUGUGCUUCAUAUGCUAGAUAGAAUCUAAAUCUGGUGUGAGAACAUUGCUUGUUCUAUUAUUAUUGCAUAUGAUUACAUGUUAGUUUUGCCAAUAAUAACCUCCAUGGAACACAUGAUGAAAAUCACCUAUGGGAAAUGAGCUAGAUAUGAAUGUAUAACAGGUAUGCUAUUAUCUGUCCUACAACUCCUAUCUUUCCAAAACAAUUCAAUUAACACGUGUUCCAGGUGACUACAUUUGCUCAGAAACAAAGCUCAGGAAGACUUCUGCACAGCUUUAAUUUCACACAUCUUAUUUCUGGUGUAAUCUGUAAAUACUUUUUAAUGCAAAAAAAAGUCUGGCAGCUAAGACUGGUGCUGGUAAUUUUCUCUAUAUGGCGCAUAAAUAUGGACUUAUGACCAUAGUUUGUUUUUUCAGAGCAACAAAUGAAAAAGGAGCAUAAGACAUAAUGCAAAAAUAAGUAAAAACAAAACACAGCUGAAGUCUAGCAUCUGAAUCAGGCAUAGAACAGAGGACCCAAGCCAGCAUAGUGUGUCAGCAAUGCUGCACUAUGGUGAGAAUGGGAUGAGCUGUAAUGCUGUGGAAAAAAUGUUAAACUUUUUUUUUUUUUUUUGCCAUUUGAACUUACAUACGGUGUGACAGACUUACUGCAUGUUACCCACAUCUUGUCUUUUAGCCUGUAUACAGCAUUGGUAUGGUUGUAGUAAUAUUUAGUCCAGGCCACAAAAAAUAAAAAAUAACGAGAAUGUAACUUUGUAAACCUUUCUAAAUUUGUUCACCAACUUCCCAAGUAAGAUUAUAAGAGUUUCAGAGAAUAUUGAUUUCAGUUUAAACUCUCCUACUGCCCUCUAUUGCCCAACAAGCUAUUUUUGCUAUUUUUGGUGAUUUCUCUUGUCUGUACUGUAUCAAUAACGUUGCUAUAUAAAAAUAACAAGAAAGUAUAAACUGUAGGACUCAGUCCUACCAUCUUUCCUUCCUUUCCAGCUCCUGAUAUAUUGUAGUCGCUGAAAUUCUGUGGCUUUCUCAUAACACUCACGGCAGCAGUAACAUUGCUACCUGGCGACAAGCAGAAUUUCAAAAUUUUAAGAAUCUUAACCAUAAAAUCAUGUUCCGUCAGGCACAGAGUAAUGCAACAUAAACCAACUUUUGUGCAAUUUGGAAAUGUGUGAACAUGGUACAUACACUCCAGUUAGCGCAACAGUAAAAGUCCCAUUUAGCUGAUGGAAAAGUUUAACAUUGAACAUUGAAAAUUCAAAAAUUACAUGUUAUCAAUGUCAUGCUAUAAUGAAAACAUCUGCAACAAUAGAAUUAUGCUGCCAUAUCUGGAAGAUGUAGUGACUGAAUACUGAAAAUGUAAAGAAAAAGGUUUUAGGUUCCAUAUCGGUUAGCAAGCGAGUAUGAUACCAGAUAAAUGAGCCAGCAGCUGUGUAAAUGUGUUAUAUAGCCUUCAUGGACAUUUUCUAAGAAAAUUAACAAUUCAGUGCUGCCAGAUUCAUGUGUUGCUUGAUAUAUAAAUUGAACAUAUUACAAUUUAACCCCAGUUUUUUCUAUGGUAAUUUCAGUCUCACACAAAUCUAGCUUGCAAAAGUGUACAUAUAAUAUGUACAGAAAAAAAUGAUUUUAACCAUGGAAAUUUCAACCAGCUUUGAUGUGUACAGUGGUUUGGGCUCUGUUUUUAUAACUGGGAAUUAUCCAAAGAUGUGGAAAUUCACAAACUUGAAGCAAUGUUGUGGUAUGUUUUCAGUUUCUUUGAGAAGCGUACAUUUUUUAAAUGGGUUUUGUACAUAUAAAAUUUUAACAGCGAUUGCUACUUCUGUUGCGUAUAACUGUCUGCCUUAGUAAAUGAAAGGGGCACUGUGCACCCUUCAGUUAUAUACUGUUCUUUAAAAAAUAUAGUGAAAUUCAUGUUGGUUUGAAUUGAGAUGGAAAAUAUUUUCUAUUUAUGCAUAUUUAAAUUUACCUUGGCUAUAUUUUGUUACAAUGUUUUAUAAAGACACUAAAAUAUAUUCCUCUGGGUCUGGGACCUAUUAUUAGAUGUACAGUCCAUGGGAGCAUGUGCUUUUGUGUUUGGUACGAAUGCUACAGAACUGGACAAUUCUUAUUUAAAAUAUUAAUAUUAUCUUUCCAAACCAUGAUAUCAAAAGGGCAUUCCAGAAGAUUAUCUUUCCAAACCAUGUUAUCAAAAGGGCAUUCCAGAAGGUGGACCAUACAACUACUAAUUGUGUUUACAGAAAAAUACAUUUUCCCAAGAUGUUACUAGAGGAAGUGUACAAAUUCUCAUGGCCUGGGCCUAAUAUACUGUCUAGCCUCCAGACAAGAUAAAAGGUUUAAAUAUCUAUAUUGCAAUACAAAGAAAUGUGACUUAGGCCAAAAUGUAAAAGAUUUUUUUUAAUUUGUUUUUUUUACACAUUAACAAAAAUGUAUUAAAUUGGUGUGUUGCAAGACAGUAUCUAUUUUUCUCUGGAUAACAUAACAUAUUCUAAUCUAAUCUCUUCAAUACGCAGUUCAUUCCAUGGAUUGUUUUUUGCUUUUCUCCAGUAAAGUGAAGUCUAUCAAACACUCUGAAGUCUAUCUAUCUUGUAUAUACAUAUGGACUGUGCUCUGAAAUGUGGAAAAAGUGUAUUUGCACUAAUUUUGAUGCUUAACUGUCACCUUUUCUUUAAACUGCCGAAAAUUUCUUGCAACAAAUUGAAUGAAUAUAUUAAACUUGCGUUGUGCACUUUAUCAGUCUUAACAUGAGACAGAGCUUCAGUUUGAAUUAGAUUUUACAUAUGUACAAUGUUUUAUCCCAGAAAUACGUGCCUGUGCUGCUAAAACAGUACGACUAUAUGAAUUUUAAAAACUGUUCAAGAAAAUAAAAUGGCAUUUUUUCAAUCAGUU